AUGGCGGAGGUUGUCGGCACAAUAGCAAGCGCUGUGACUCUAGCAGCCCUGUUUAAGCUUUGUGUUGAGGCAUUUGACGUGAUUCAUACUGCACAAAAGCAGGCAAUCGACCUCAAGAAGCUCACGUUGAAGCUCAAUAUCGAGAAAUGCCGGCUGUACACCUGGGGAGAGGCCAUGGGGCUUACCGCUGUCGUGCGGCCUAGUGCAAGGCAACCGCUAGAUUCUUGCCCGUAUGCAGAGAUAGUCCACGAGAUUUUGGAGCUUAUUCUAGAUAUGUUUGGAGAUUCACAAAAGCUCAAAACCAAAUAUGGCUGCGUCACCAUAGAUGUCAAGAACGAGGUUAAUAUGGACACAACACUUUCGCAAAGGAGCGCGCUGCAACAACUCAGUACGUCAUUUGACAACUUCAGUAUCAAAUCGGCUACUCAGGUCAAAAAGCGCAGCCUGAUUAAAACAGCUCUUUGGGCUAUCCAUGACCGUAAGAAAUUUGAGACACUGGUUCAUGAGGUAAAAGGCCUCAUAGAUGGCCUUCAAGACAUUACCAAAGACCUUGGAAGUUUGGUCGUUCAGGAGCAGAUGAUUCGAUCCCGUAUCCUUAGGAUAAACGACGUCAGAACCCUCGACUGGGUUGCCGAGAUCUGUGAAAGCAACCAUCCAGCCAUCUCUGAUGCUGCAUCUUUAAAAGCAGAAUCAUUGUCCGAGGCCAGCACUUUCCGUCGCGGGAUUCAGCAUUGGAAGGAGAAUGUUGAGGGCUUUAAGGAUUCUGAUGGCUCGGAUACAUCAGACUUCGAAACAGUCAUCGGUGCUAUGGAAGAUAUGACACUCUCUGAGAUCAAGCAAAUAACCUUUCAUCUCCUCAAAGACAUGCAGUCUAUGAAGACUUAUAACGAAACGCAGCUGUCAGCUGGCGUCAAUAGCGAUGCUGACCUAGCAGUCAUAGACCCCAGCAAGCUCGAUUUUUACCGAGUACUGUACGACUACGAACCAGGUAGUAAGGUGGAAGGUGGAGAUCUCAAAGUCAACAAAGGUGACCUAGUUGCUGUCCUUUCUAAGAAAGAUCUGAAGGGCAAUGAAACAGAAUGGUGGUAUUGCCGGUGUCGAGAUGGGAGAAUAGGGUAUUUACCCAGCAACUACCUCCUCAUAAUCAGACGACGAGAUCACAGACAGCAGCAAUCCAGCAGCAAUGUCACAGAAAAUGACGAACUCCGUGCUUCUAAUCUAGAGCAGGAAUCGUCUGCAGUCACAGACCAAUGGUGGGCUGAACUUGGCCGCCGAGCUGACCAUCAGUUCACUGAAACGAACGCAAUGCUACACAAUAUAUACGAGUCGGAGCGCAGUCCACAGUUCAAAAAGCACUUUGGUACCGUUGAAAACUGGUUCAAGAAACUGAGCGAGAGCGAGCAGUGUGCGGCCCUUGUCUCGUUGCACGACCUCUUGACCCAGCCCCAAAUGUGCUUUCUAAAUCUUCAUUACAGCGACAAGCUUCCACUUUUGUGGCUUUGA